AUGAGUUGCGCAGUUCGAGAACGUGAAGAACACACAAACAGUUGUGGUUGUGGCUCCGAGUCACGUCAAACGGAUGACACUCUUCUGCACUAUCGUCGUCGGUCUUCUGCACCAUCAAAUAGAGAUAGUGGCGGUGGUUUCCGGCAAGGAAGAGAGUUAUCGAUGUUGAUUUCCAUUGAGAAAGAGGGAGAUGGAGAGUUUGGGGGUGAGGGGUUGAGCCGAUGGAGUAUGUACGCUAGGGAGGUUAAAGGGUUGUGGGCUCAACAGAUCUCAUUUUCAGGUUGCAUCUGUGCUGCUGAAUCUUCACAAGAACGAAAAGCCUGUACAAAUUUCCAUCCUCGAGGGCUUGAAAUCGAAUGA